UUUUUUCUAACUCUCCGCCACCAUUCGGGACGGAUUAAACGACAGAACGGGCGUAAAAAAAGGUUUCCUCGGCAAUCCAAAACCCUCCGCGUUCGCGUGUGCUGUGUCUCGCGCUGUCCCGCCGCGUACGAACAUUCCGGCAGCGGUCACUUUCCUUGCGCCACGGGUUGCAGGGAAAAUUACGCACCAACUCGAAGUAGUGAAACGCGCGAGUGGCGAUUGUGUGCGCUCUGGUGGUGCCGAAGAAUCUCAACGUCUCACACGCCAAAAGGCGGACGGCGACAAGUUCGCAACCUACCCCCGUUACCUGUCCCGUUCCACUCUCCUAGCGCGCAGUGAGUGAAACAAAAAGGUGUGUGAGUGUAGAAAGUGUCGUGAAAACGUCGGCAAAAAGGAAUUUGAAGUAAGAGAGAGAGAAAAAAAAGAAACGCCAAUACACCGGAAGCGUGUGUGUGUGUGUCGGCCACGUCGUCGACCGGGGGCCAUCUGCAAAUAUGAAGAAGCUGACCACAUAACGGCAAAGGAACACGGGUUUUGUGUGCGGCUCCAUCCACCACCAUCCACGCCAUACUCCACGAGGCGUAGAAGUAGUACGACCCCCGUCCUCUCUCUCUCUCUCUCCCAUCCAUUCUCUUCGUAGCAUUCUUCCCCUCAUCUCACCACCCCCCAGCCCGCGUGUAUUCGCAAUGGGCGUGUGCCUGUGCAAGGACAAGGUCGAGGAGGGAUUUGUGGACGACAGUAGCCGGGAUUCGUACGCACCGACCGGCAGCGAUACGGGCCGGCUGGCGGGCAGUGGCGGUGGCAGCAGCGGUGGACCGAACGGUCAGCAGCAGCAGCAUCAUCACCAUCAUCACAACCACCACAUCCGGCACUACUCCCGGUCCGAUCGGCAGGUUUCACUGUCCGACACGGUGGACGCGCUGGUCAAGGAGACGCUCGAAAUCAUCCGCUCGAUCGUGGACAAUGAACCGGAAACACCCAGCUCGAUGGUGAUGCUGCACGACCUAACGGACAAACCGUCCGGCUGGAUACAGCUGGUAAAGUCCCUAAUACGCGUGGUGCCGCUGGACAAUCCGAUGGGCCCGAGCGUGAUCACGCUACUGCUCGACGAUAGCCCGCUGCCGUCGAAGGAAUCGGUGCUGGAGGUGGCCGACAUGAUAACACGAUCGAUACGCCGCACGCCAAAGCGCGAGCGCAACAUGUGCAUCAUACUGGGCUUCCUGGCGGAGCGUCUGGCCGGUCCGUGCAGCAUAUCGGCCCUGUCGGAGGUAACGCUCGGCUAUUUGCUAGGGAAUUUGGACGAAGGAAUCCACCCAGACGUGAUGCUGUUUUCGCUGAUCGCGCUGGAAAAGUUCGCACAAACGAGUGAAAACAAGAGCACCAUUAGGCGAAAACUGGCACUCUAUCCGGACAAUCCACUGCUGCGGCUCGAACGACACAUCACCAACAAUGAUUUCACCCUGCGACAGGUCGGCUUUUGCGCCCAAUGGUGUCUCGAUAACUAUUUCCUUAUCGAUGGUCGGCAAUACUCAUACGAGGUGGCGGACGUCAGCAACGUGAACGUGAUGCUCAACACGCGCGACGUCAGCGAGUACCUGAAAAUCUCGGCCGACGGGCUGACGGCCCGCUGCGACGCGUACUCGUUCGAGAGCGUCCGGUGCACGUACCAGGUGAAUGCGGGCUGCUGGUACUACGAGGUGCUGAUCAUGACACCGGGCGUGAUGCAGAUCGGCUGGGCGACCAAGGAUUCCAACUUCCUCAGCCACGAGGGCUACGGCAUCGGGGACGAUGCGUACUCGAUCGCGUUCGACGGCUGCCGGAAGCUGAUCUGGCACAAGGCGAAACCGAUGCAGCACAACCUGAACGUGUGGUCGGGCGGUUCGGUGCUCGGCUGUCUGCUCGAUCUGGACGCGCGCGAAGUCAUCUUCAGCCUGGACGGGGUGGAGGGCGAGGUGCUGAAGCAGCUGUUCGAGUCGAGCGACACGAUCGAUGGGUUCUUUGCGGCGGCCUCGUUCAUGUCCUUCCAGCAGUGCCGGUUCAACUUUGGCUCCACGCCGUUUGUCUAUCCGCCCAAAAAUCGCCCCUUCAAGAGCUUUAACGAUCAUGCGGCGCUGAGCGAGCAGGAUAAGAUUGUUUUGCCCCGUCAUCUGUUCCUGGAGCAGCUGCGCAAGCUGAGUGUGCGCGAGGAUUCCUGCACGCUGUGCUUCGACAUGAAGGCGACGAUACGAAUCGAACCGUGCCAGCAUCGCGGUUUCUGUACGAACUGUGCCGCACUGUUGCAGUUCUGUCCGAUGUGUCGCGCCGACAUUGUCAGUACGGUGCAGGAGGAAACGCCCCCGGACGAUACCAGCCCGGGGGGCAGCUCGGAAGCGAAUCAAUCGAGCGGGAGCGGCGUGCUGCCCAAAGCAACCAACGCAGAGGAGGAACAGGCGCAAGUGUAAGUGCGCCGGAACGCCACACGGACCACCAGGCACCAGGCGGGAAAGUGUUUGCGAGCGAUCGAGCGCUGUGCUUGUGUUUAAUGCGGGGUUACACUGCUUUGCUUAGCAAGCCCUCCAUUUUUCGGCAAAUGUGUCCUAAUGCAGUGAGAAAAUGUGAUAGCUUUCUAUUGGAGAAAACGGAACACUAGCUAACUGUACAGCAAACACAACAAAAACACGAGCGAAACAAAGUGUGAUAGGAAGGAGAAGUAGUGAACGAUAGAACAAGAGAGAGAUAGAUAGACCGGUGCGAUAGCCUCUGGCCUAUAAGCAAACAAAUGGGUCCCUAGCAGUGUGUGUUUGUUUUUUAAACGCCAUGUGUGUCGUUGUAAAACGUUACAUCGUGUCACAUGGCUUGUGUACUUAUUAUGUACUGUGUAGGUAAUCGGUUGAGAUCUUCUCCCCUCACCGCCUCUCGUUUACAUUAUAUUUGUCACCACAAUUUGCCAUCACAAAAAGUGUCACGCCCGGGGCAGGGGAAAGGAAGAAACACGGUUUAAACUUUCGGUCAAUGUUUUUCUCGAUGUUUUGCGUAACCGUCUUCCGGUUUUACACGUCGUUUGAGUUUCAGAAACUCUCUGUGCAAAGGUGUUCGAGAAGCACAACUCCGGACCGGUGUAAUUGCAUCAUUUUUAAUACGUUAUACGUUAGGGUACUAAGUAUUAGGGGCUAUCACUGCGUAACCUGUAUGGAUUUAGUUAUUUGUUUAGUGUUUCGAGUUUGUUGUUUUUAGACACACCUGUGCUGAACGUAUUACUGCUGCUCGUGCAUAUACGUUCAUCGAAGACAAUACAACUAGAAAGAGCUAUUUAACCAUGAAACAAUCAGCACAUUGCACUAAUAACUUGCCACACCUAGUGACCUAAGAUGGGAAUGUUUGUGAAGGAGUGGCAAGGAACUCGUCAGUGCACGCGCGCGUUAGUUUUGGGAAUAGGCAAAAUAGGCAAACAAAAGCAACGACGACUGGGGGGGGGGAGUCUAUGCAGAGAACAUUAGAGGAGUAGAAUUACAGUUUCUCCAUAUGGGGUCCGUUUUUGCGAUCCAUGAAUUUUGGUUUGCUGUACCAUUUACUUUUCGCGGAUUAGUGUGGUAGCGUUUUAACACAGCACCGGGAGCAUUACAAUAGCAAAGCAGAAAACAUUAUUCGUCAAGUUUGUUACGUUUAAAGUAGUUCAAUAAAAUACACGAACAAACAUAGACAUACACAUUCAGCAACAUGCAAAGCACAGGUAUCAAUAACGUCAUUUUUUCUGUUCCUUUACAACAGCACCGAGGUACGCUACCAAAAAAAACAUAGCAAAAAGAAACCUAUCUCAAAAAAACAGGCCGUUGAAAAGAGGGUGGUAUAGCAGUAGCAGCGGGUCCAGUAACAUUCAUUAGUUAGUGAACUGCGUGAAAUGUUGUUGUGCACAGGGAAGAGUUGUAGGAAACGAUGAUGUAUAAAUAGGGUAACAAAUACGACUGAUAUAUUUUUGUACACGCGCAAAAGCAUUGUAUGGAACAGGGGAUUGUAAAUAAUGGCUAGUAAGAGUAUGUGCGAAAUGUGUAAAACAGAGUUUGAUUUAUAAAAACGCCACUGAGUAAAACAAAACAAUGGACCGAACAUGUUCAUGUUAUUUAAUGAAAAA